GUCCCACCCGCUGAGUCCUCUUACGGCAGACUGUAAAGGAUUACACCCUCUACAGGUUUGUACCGAGAGGGUCACUGAGGUUCCGACACUAGAGGCUGUAGUUCAGAAUGAAGACUUAGGCGCUGUUAUACAAGGACCGUGGAACUACAGCUAGCACAGUUUACGGCAGGUCGUGAAGCAGCAUAAACACGUGCAGAUGGAGGCGUCGCCCUGCAGGCAGGUGGAGGAACAGCAGCAAGAGCAGGAACAGAGCUCCGACCUCGUUGUCGGGCUCAGUCUCUGUGACUCUUCCCCGCUCCUGUGGCGCAUCCAGGACCUUAAAACGGUGCGGUCCAAAGGCCUGGUGGGGGCACUUCUCGGCUCCCUGCCCAGAACCCCGAGACAGAAUAUCCGGCUGGGCCGGCCUCUGCUGCUGCUGCCGGAGGAGGAGAGACUGCUGAGGGAACGCCACGGUGCCGCUGCUCUGCCCGGCCCAAAACAGGAUGCAGCGGCUGCAGAGCUUCGGCAGCGCUAUGAGGAGGAGCAGGAGAGAAGCUUCGAGGAGCAAAGCGUCCUUGCUCUGGAGGACAGGAAAUCGGCGCUGCUUCGAGCCAUGACAUCAUCAGGCUCUGAAUCUGGAGGAGGCUCCGAUGAGGCCCUACAGCGCCGUCUGCUGGCCCUUGAGCAGAACUUCACCUUUCCCCGCUCAGCGCUGGCGGUGCAGCUGAGCACAGCCAGAGCGGGGCUUAGCCAUUGUCAUGAGUCUCGCGCCUUUCUGAAAGCGGAUUGGCCAAUCAGGGAGCCGGACAGCCCCCGCCGUGAGGCCAGGUACCAGGUGUUCAGAGACCUGCGGGGGCGGGGCUUCUACCUGACACCUGCAGGAAAGUUUGGAGGAGACUUUCUGGUGUAUCCAGGUGACCCGGUGCGUUUCCACGCCCACUUCAUCGCCAUCUGCCUGACUCUAGAAGAGUCCAUCUGCAUGCUGGACGUCCUGUCUGUGGCCCGGCUGGGCUCCAACGUGAAGAAAACAGUUCUGCUGUGCUCACCAGCUCCGGACGGCCCGGUCCAGUACACGUCAUUACAGUGGAGCGGGAUGGUGUAGCGGGGGACCGGCCACUUCCUGCUGCAUUCAGGAAAUGACCAGAACCUAAGAGGGGACUGUGAAUGUUAGAGUAACUAAGCAUUCCAUCAGAAUCCUGAACCCGGGGUUCUAGAAUGGACCGGAACAAGUUUGAAACCAGAAUUGGACCCGACUGAGGCUAAGUUUCUGCUGAACCCCUUCAAAAACAAACGGGUUCUGAUAUCACAGACAUUAGGGCCUCUUUGGCCCCGGACUGGAAGCUGAGGCCCCUUAGCUGAUGUGGAGUGGAUCUGGGUGGAUUCUGCUACAGUUUCCUGUGUUCUAUCAUUACAAAGUCCCCUAAUUGUCUUUGGGCCCCUCCUAACACCUUUUGGCCCCUCAGGUUCUAGACGUAGAGGUUAAAAGGCCUAAAUACCUAAAACCUUUUGGGCCCUUAGAUUGUUUCCUUUAAUUGAAGCAGUGAAGGAGGAUCUUCAUCAGCAAGUUUCUGGCUCCUUCGUUCUUUCGCUCCCAGAACCUCGAAAUGUGCCGGCAGAUCAAUAAGCUUGACUGAGAACUCUUCUGACUUAAUGUGUAUUUAAAGAUAAACAAGCUUGUUGUGUUUUUGUUUUUUUUAUUUCUCAGGAAAAUGUUUAUUUUUUAUGGCAAAGCUGAAAACAUCCAGUUGAUUGCAAGCAGUUGCCAUGGAGAUGAAAGGCAUUUGUCUCAUUCAGAACAAAAAGAGAAAUAAAUAUUUUCAGAGUAAAGCAUCAUGA